CUUUCUGCUAGUGCUCAGAGCUGCAGCGGUACCCUUUUCAUUUUUUUUUCUAUAAAACCAAAAUGGCUGCGGCCUGUGCUCGAAAAAUUUACAAGGUCGGUAGAAUCGUUUAUGAGACCCCAUAUUGCCGCCCAGGUAAUGCAGCCAUAUGUGCUACACGGAUCUCUCUACGAACCCCAGGAAGGAGUUAUGGAACUAUCGGUGAAAGGUUAAGAUCUAAACUUUUGCAGUGUAGACCUGCACUAAUGCGUGGCGGACAAGUUUUAGGUUGUGCGUUCUUCAUCGGUGGUGGGUUCGGAUUGUACCACACAAUCAACCUUACUUUUCAGCGGCACCUUGCAGAAGAGUCUAAGGUACCAGAUCUUGGAACAGAUCUUAAGCUGACACUGUAUCAGUACAAAACUUGCCCAUUCUGCAGUAAAGUGAGAGUGUUUUUGGACUACCAUGGGCUUCCAUAUGAAAUUGUGGAAGUUAAUCCUGUUAUGCGGCAGGAAAUAAAUUGGUCUACUUACAGAAAAGUGCCCAUCCUGAUGGUGAAUGGAAAAAUACAACUUAAUGACUCAUCUGUCAUCGUUAGUGUUUUGAUGACCUACCUGAUUAGCAAGGAGAAGACAAUUCCACAGAUUGUUGCUUGUUAUCCUGAAAUGAAAGCAAAAACUGACAUUGGAAAAGAGGUGACAGAAUUCGGCAACAAGUACUGGGUGAUGGUGGAUGAUGCAGAAAGUGGGAAAAUGUAUCUGGAAAAAGAUUCCAGAAAAGAGGAAAUUAAAUGGCGCAAAUGGGCAGAUGAUUGGCUUGUGCACCUUAUUUCUCCUAAUGUAUACCGCACGCCAAUGGAGGCUCUAGCUUCCUUUGACUACAUAGUCAGUGAAGGCAAGUUUGGCACUUUUGAAGGUUUUUUUGCCAAGUAUUUUGGAGCAGCUGCCAUGUGGAUCAUCUCAAAAAGGCUCAGAAAUAGACAUAACCUACAUGAUGAUGUGAGACAGGACCUCUAUAAGGCUGUCAAUGAAUGGAUAGCAGCCAUUGGAAAGAAGAAAUUCAUGGGGGGAGAUAAUCCCAACCUUGCAGAUCUGGCAGUGUUUGGUGUUCUAAGAGUUAUGGAAGGUCUUCAAGCAUUUAACGACAUGAUGGAGAACACUAAAGUAAAGAAAUGGUACAGGUGCAUGGAGGAAACUGUACAUCAUAAUUGCAAUUAAAAUUAAUUCAAGUACUCGAGUUUGAGACCUUUCCUUUAUGGGAAAUUAGUGGCAUAUGAUACAAGCAGGGUCAAAUGCAAUGUAAUUCAAUGUACCAUAUGCUGAAUUUAAGACAGAAGGUUUCUCCUGGUUUACAAAUGCAAUCCCCUUAAUUUCAUGUCAGGUAACACCCUUAUUGUACCCCUAUUGAAUCCUUUUUUUUUUUUUCUGUUGUUGUAAAGUGACAAUAGCCAACUGUUGGUAUGUGGAAUGGUAUUCAGUUUUCCUCCAUCGAGUAGCAUUGCCUCAACAAUGAUAAAUUAUUCUCCUAGUGACUUUUCUUGAAAAUAUGUCUAAGGCAUAGAUUUAAUAUGUGCCUUGCAAACUGGGUUAUGACUACCUUACUGAUUCUAAUGCCUAUGAAAAGUUUCUUGCUGCAAAAAGAAAAAAAAAAAAACAAGGAUUCAUUUAGUAUUUUACAGAAGAGUAUGCAGGAACAGUCUUUGACUAAAUAUAUCUGUGAAACAAAACAUCGGACAAACUGAUGCAUGUAGCAUUGGUUACACUCUAAAUAUCUUGAUUUAUGCAAAAAAUAAAGUCCUUAGUGCUAGUGUGAUUAUACAAUGUUAAAAAUAAAACUGGAAAUGAUUAUUUUGUUUAUUGCUAUCUGUAUAUCUAUUAUUUUCUUUAUUCUUUAUUUAUUCUUUAGUGAUCCAUUCUAAAUGUUUUUAUUAAUAUCCUUGCUUUAAUGCAACGCAGAAAUAUGGUUCAAACACUUCCUCAAUCUGUAGAGUCUGCCCUGUCAGUUUUGUUGAUUAGUAAGAGUUAAUUGCCUAUGAGAGAUUAGAUAUAGGUUAAGAUGCACGUCAUCUGCCUCUCAGCAUGUGCAUACAGAAUACUGGAGCCAACAAGGUAAUGGUCAGAUUACUGUUGGGGUGGAAACAAUUAUGUAAUUUAGAUUUUAUAAUUUCUUCAUUAAAAUAUCAGUCCAGGAUAAGUGCUGCUUUCACAGUUAGUUUAAUUAGAGUUAUGUAAUUAUUAUAACUGUUACUUUUGUACUAUUUAAGCAUAUGUUCUAUGUUCUAAUAUAACUGUAACUUGUGAAUUUUAUCUUUUUACUUUAAUAUCCUGUGUUCGUGUGUAACUCAAGUCUUCUCCAUCUAAUCACCGUGAUUGAAUGUGUGUCAGUUUGCAUGAAACUAACCAAUAAACAAUCAUGAAAUCUCUAA